GUGUGAAAUUGCGAAACUUGGCUGCGUUCUCAAGCAGAAUACUGUUAGAUUGAGUGGUAAGACUGUGCUGGGGUUGUCUGUGAUUGUGUUUAUGAUGAUAUCAAGUGCUUGCCACCGACAAUGACAUCUGGGGAAUGGGAUUUGCGUGCGCUGAAGGCGCUCGAGGAGGAGGAGCAGAAGGAGUUUCUGGCACUCAGCCAACGGAAUCUGUUCGAGGCACCCCUGCCAACAGGUGGACCAGAAAAUGGCAGCAUUACUAACAGUUUGGACAAUGCCAAGCCGGCGCUAUCCUAUGCUCAACUGCAUCCACAUCUGCUCAAGCUGCCCACCAUCGACGAGUGCCACCUGAUUGCGGCUCAGCGCCAAUCCGCCGGCAGUGUCGCCAGCAGCGCUCGCUUGAAAUUUACCCGCGCGCUAUCCCUCUCAGCGCACUCGUUGUCACCACGUCCUGGGGGCAGAGGUGGUGGUGGAGUGGGCUUCGGCAAGAAGCUAAAGGCACGCCUGGUGGGUGCCAAAUCAAGUGGAUCUCUGUCGCCAUCCCGCCAUUCGCACAGCUACAGUGUCUCACCCGUGUACACACCACCGCCAAUGCGCCGUUGUGCCACCCUGCACCACACACAGCCCGUACGCAAGACCUUCAAGACGCUGCAGCAGCUAGAGCGGCAGAAGCAGAAGCAGAGCAAUGCAGCCCAAGCACAGGCGACACAGUCGGCCUCGACGACGCCACAACUCCAACGCAUCGUUGGCACGAAUAAGACAUAUUGGAAAUAUGGCGCCAACUCUACGGCUGCCUCAAUAAUUGGUCAGCGUGCCCGGCUGCAGCAACAACUGGAAUUGGACUCGAAUAACUCGGAUGAGCCACCCAAUGGAGAAGCACUCGAAGCGGACGCAAUCGAUAGUGCCACAGAGACGGGAUCGUGCAGUGUUCCCUUGCCGCCAGCUGACUCCAAUGAGCUGCUGCGUCUCAGCCUAAUGUUAACUGCUGCCAGUACGGCAAUGACGGCAACUGCGACAGCGACGGCAACAGCAGCAGCAACUGGUGGGCCAGUCAGACGCUAUCACACACACAGCGAUGUCGAGGACGAAACUGUUGCUUACGAAGCUUUUCACAGGCCCAAAAGCUUUGAGCGUUCUCUCUUACGCGGCGCAAGCUUAACAUUAACAGCGCAAGAGAGUCCCAGUCCCAAUCGGAAUCGGAGUCGGGCAAUGCAAUCCACAAACGGCAAGCGCAUAUUAAAAUCCACUUCUCUAGAGACUGGCGCUGCCUGUGAGAGUGCUCCAACUGACAUCUAUCAAAAGCAGCAACAACAACAACAACUACAACAACAACAACAGCAGCAGAAACAACAGCAGCAACAGCAGCAGCAACAGAUUAUUGGUCAGCCACUUGGCAUGAUGGGUCUGUCAACGGCUACAAAUCAGUUGGCUGAGCAGCAGGAAAGGGAGAGCGAUUGGGAAUUCGGACUGGGCUUGGGCUUGGGACGUGAACAGUUCAAAUAUCAUCAGGAUUUGGCAGUUGCCUGUUAUGGCCACAGUGCCGCAUUGGAUGAUGAGCUGGAGCAUCAUAUUAAGCAUUGUUCGUGCUCCUGCAAUCACAUGGGCUACGGCAAUUCAAUGGACUACCAGACAACCGGGUUUGGCGGGCUGCCAGACGUAACGGAACACUCGAACAUACGCCGCACACUCUCCCGCCAGAACUCUAUCUCCAACAGCGACUCCGGCGGCGAAAUAGCCAGCAUACAAAAGUCCAAAGUCUUUGGCAGCGCGAUGACGGGAGGCGUUGUUGUUGGCAACGAUAUCGCUGGCAUCGCUCUCGACACCAAGUCGCCCACCUCAUUGGCAACGGCUGCCGCAGCAGCAGCCGCAGCAGCAGCCGGUGCUGCCAGCAAGACGAAGGGCAAAAGCGGACGCAAGGCAAGGAAUAGCUCUGGUGCGGCACACAAGUCGCGACGCGGUUCCUGGAUGGUUGCCCUCACACUAGUAAGCGCCAUUUGUCUGCUGGCUAUAGCGGCUACCUUGGCCUAUCAGCACUUCCUCAUGUCGCCCAGUCGCAACUCGCACGCUCAAAGACUGAGAAUCGUAAGGCGCAUCCUGCGCGAAGUGCCUCUCGUCGACGGACACAACAACUUUGCCUGGAACGUACGCAAAUACGCGCAUAGCAGUCUGGAGCUGGUUCAUCUCAGUCACGACCUUGAUCAUAAGACGAUGUGGUCGCGUCCAACAUGGGCGCAGACAGACAUGGAACGACUUAAGCAAGGAUUAGUUGGCGUCCAAGUUUGGUCAGCAUACGUGCCAUGUGAGGCACAGGGCUUGGAUGCCGUCCAGCUGGCACUGGAGCAAAUUGACAUUGUGCGGCGUCUGUCGGACAUGUACGCAAGGGACACGGAGCUGGCGACAUCCUCGCAGGACAUUGUGGCCACGCAUAGACGAGGCCUGCUCGCCUCGCUGAUCGGCAUCGAGGGUGGCCACACAAUCGGCUCAUCAUUGGGCGUACUACGCUCCUUUUACUCGCUGGGCGCCCGCUACCUCAGCCUGACGCAUCGUUGCGAUGUGUCCUGGGCCGGGUCGAGUGCCUCCCCACUUGAACAGGGCCUGACGCCCUUUGGUAAGGCCAUUGUGCGCGAAAUGAAUCGCCUGGGCAUGAUGAUCGAUCUGUCGCACAGCUCGGAUGCAACGGCUCGCGAUGUACUACAGGUAACACGGGCACCGGUCAUCUUCUCACAUUCGGCAGCACGCCAGCUGUGCAACUCGACGAGGAACGUGCCCGACGACAUAUUGCGUUUGGUGGCCGAGAAUGGUGGUCUCAUUAUGUUGAGCUUUGACCCAGAGGACGUGGCCUGUGGACGACAGGCACGACUGCAGGAUGUCAUAGAACACAUUAAGUAUGUGAGAGCAAUUGCGGGCAUUCAACACAUUGGACUGGGUGCCGGCUACGAUGGCAUUGAGAUGCCUCCGAUGGGUCUGGAGGAUGUGUCCAAAUACCCGGAAUUGCUUGCCGCUCUGUUGGAGGAUCACAACUGGAGUGAAGAGGAUGUGGCCAUGCUAGCGGGACGCAAUUUCCUGCGCAUCAUGGAAACGGUCGAGACAGUGCGUGACUAUUGGAAACGAGCAGCCAUUCAACCCAUCGAACUGACAGAGCCACAACCGAAGACUCAGUGCACCUAUAUGUCAUCGUGACCACUGCCGCAGGCGGUGAGAACGCGCCGCGAUGAGCCCGUGACACAAUCGCACCUCGAGCGGGUCAACCCCAAUCACACCGAGGCUGCGGUGACGGGCAAUGCGCAACUCUGGCGUCAGCUGGAACCCAUCGCAAAUCAAACGGAAGUGCGACACAUGGCAGCUAUGGCAACCACUUUUACAGUCAGUGGACUCUUGCAGUAGAAGGUUUGUCGGGAAGUGGGCGAAUUUGAAGCCGAUUUAAAUGACUUCCAUUAUCAUUUAUUUAUUUAUUAUUUUGAUAAUUUAUGAUAAAUCGAAUUCUCUGACUAGCACGGGCAAUUGAAAGAUGGAAUAAAUUAACGCUGGCACAGCAAUCAAAAUGACGAAUUGACGAUAUAUAUAUAUAUAUACAUAUAUAUACCACAAGACAUAAAAAUAAGAAUGUAUGUAUUAUAAAACAAAUUAGUACGUUCAUACGUAGUAUACGUCUAUAUAUUCAAAAAACCGAAAGAAAAAACCAAUUAUAGGCAUAUACAUUACUUAUAUGUGGGUUUCACAAUGUAUUUAUUGUUGAAUUUUCUAAAACUGUGUUUUCUAAAUAUUGCAAUUCAUUUUUAAAUUAAUUUACUUGCUUUGAAUUUAAUAUAAAUGAUUUGAUUUCUGUUGUUGGCAUAU